AUAAGCCAUGAUGUUGAGCAUCUGAAGCACAUCAGAAAGUAAACGCUUCAACCAUGUGGACUUUCUUGGUUCUCUGCAGUGUGGUCUUCUCACACACAGUGAAAGCAGGUGAAGGUCGCUACUAUACGACCCCCAACUGGGGACCCACAUAUUCUCCAGGUCAGCCCUCAUGUCGUUACAACUGUGGCAGACACAUGGGAAGCUGCUCCUGCUACAACUCCUGUCAAUGGAAUGGAAACUGUUGUCAUGAUUUCUAUAAUUACUGCCCAUCUGCAACUGCUUAUCCCACCACUACUGAACCCACCACUGGUCAGCCCUCGUGUCGUUACAACUGUGGCAGACACAUGGGAAGCUGCUCCUGCUCCAGCUCCUGUCAAUGGAAUGGAAACUGUUGUCGCGACUACUACUAUUACUGCCAUCAAACCACCAAUGCUUAUCCCACCACUGGUCAGCCCUCGUGUCGUUACAACUGUGGCAGACACAUGCGAAGCUGCUCCUGCUACAGCUCCUGUAAAAGGAAUGGAAACUGUUGUCACGACUAUUACUCUUACUGCUAUUACACAACUAGCUUCCCAGGCACAGAAACACCCUGUGGGGGCUCUCUGUUCAGCUCUGGGACCUUCUCCAGCCCAAACCAUCCAAACCACUACCACGACAACGCCUACUGCGUCUGGCAUCUUAGCGCUGUGAAUAACCACAGAGUCUUCCUGUCAUUCACGUCCAUGCAACUGGAGAACUGCUGCUCCUGUGACUACAUCUCAGUCUACGAUGGGCCGUCUGUUAACUCAAGACUUUUGGGGAAAGUGUGCAAUGAGAGUCAGAAUACUUUCUACUCCUCCUCCAAAGACAUGACUGUGCUCUUCAGAAGUGAUAGUUCUGUGGUUGCUCGGGGGUUCAGCGCUGAUUUCUCAAGCUCUCUCUCACCAAGCUCAGGUCAAGUGAGCUGUUCUUCAGACAUUAAAAUUGUGAUUGAGCGUUCUUACCUGAGCUCUCUUGGCUACGACGGUCACAGUCUGUACCUGAACGACCCGAACUGCAGACCCAGGGUCACCUACUACCAGGUUAUCUUCAACUACCCCAUUGAAUCUUGUGGCAAUGUUCGAAAGAUUGAGAACGGCAAAGUCGUGUACACCAACAUGGUCCAAGGCUACACCACCACUGAUGGAGAGAUCACACGCAAUUCUCACUUUAAGCUGAGUGUGGGAUGCCGAAUGGAGCAGGACUCAGUUUCUCAAAUAAUGUACCUCGCCCAUCAUCUUAACAACAGCACUAUGACAGGGAUAGGCAAUUUCAACACCAGCAUGGACUUCUACACAUCCAGUAGCUUCUACUAUAAGGUGACACAAACGCCAUAUGUGGUGACGCUCAACCAGAACUUGUAUAUCCAAGUGGACCUCAAGAGUAAUGAAAGCAGCCUGGUAGUCUAUCUGGACACCUGUGUGACCUCACCAUCGCCCCAUGAUUUCCAGACUAGAGCGUACUACCUAGUCCGUAACGGAUGCCCUGCAGACAGUACCUACGGGGUCUACUCCAGUGGCAGCCGUGGCUAUGCCCGAUUCACCUUUAAGUCCUUCCAGUUCCUGCGAGCUUCAGAGUCAGUGUACAUCCAGUGCAAGGUCCGCAUAUGCCAAUCCUACAACAGUUCCCGCUGCCGCCCCACUGGCUGCAACAGACGUAAGGCCAGAGACCUGGGGUCAGAGCACGACAGCCAAACUCUGGUCCUGGGUCCCAUCCAACUCAAAGAGCCUGAGAAGAACGAGGAAGAGACUCAGAAGCAGGACAAAGCCUGACUUCAAACUGCAAUGAGCAGCUUUGAUUAUCCUUAGUGAUCAAUACAACUCUUCUCCCUUCAUCCUGACACUGAAUUAUACUCACUCAUUUAUUUUCUCUGCAUCCUAUCAUCUGAUUAAAAGCAUAGUUAAAAGGCA